AUGCUUGACUUCAGCGGACUGGCUGUGAUCGCACUAGCUACCGGCGGUAUCAAGCCUUGCGUCUCCGCAUUUGCUGCUGAUCAGUUUGAAGAACAUGAAGUCAACGAAAGGAAUCAGUUUUUUUCAUUUUUCUACUUUGCCAUAAACGCCGGCUCCCUUGUGGCAAUAUUGCUAACACCGAUGCUUCGAGGACGCGUGAAAUGUUUUGGAUCCGAGUACUGCUUCCCGUUAGCAUUUGGUGUGCCCGGUGUUCUCAUGCUGCUCGCAUUCAUAUUAUUUGUAAGCGGCUGGCGCUACUAUAAAAUAGCACCCGCUGCGAAAGGAAACGUUGUAUUCAGCGUGUUUUGCUGUAUAAUUUAUGCUGCAAAAAAGAAAAUUAGCGCUCUCUUCAAAGGCCAGGAUAAAGUUGAACAUUGGCUUGAUUAUGCAGCAUCAAAGUACAGCAACUAUUUCCUGUCAGGCGUAAAAAGUUUGGUUGCUGUUUCGGUACUCUUUGGGCCAGGCAGUACCUGGGUGCUGCAGGCACGGCGCAUGGAUGGUCGUGUUGGCCCGUUCACAAUACUACCCGAUCAGAUUAACACGCUAAAUCCGCUCAUCAUCCUGAUUAUGGUGCCCAUCUUCGAAGCGUUCAUCUAUCCAACGGCUCGUAAAUUUUGCAAUAUUACACCGCUACGAAAAAUGGCAACCGGCGGAAUUUUGGCUGCUGUAGCUUUUAUUAUGGCAGGACUAGUGCAGGUUCAACGAUGUCUGGGCUAA